AUGCGCACCGAGCCGCCUGGAGGCUCGGCACAAAUGUUUGGCUUUCACAAGCCCAAGAUGUACAGGAGUUUGGACGGCUGCUGCAUCUGCCGCGCCAAGUCGUCCAGCUCCCGGUUCACGGACAGCAAGCGCUACGAGAAGGACUUCAGGAGCUGCUUUGGGCUGAGCGAAACCCGAUCCGGAGAGAUCUGUAACGCCUGCGUCCUCCUCGUCAAGAGAUGGAAAAAGCUCCCGGUGGGGACCAAGAAGAACUGGAAUCACGUGGGUUUCGCUCGCAGCUCGCCGCUUGCCACGCCGGUGGAGGUCUCCUUCACUCAGAUUUUCAAACCUCCCGUUGUCGUUGAUGCCAGAGGAGGCCCCAGCCUGAAGAUCACCUCCAGACCCAAGAAGAUCAAGUCCAUCUCCAAGAAAGCCCGUCCGAACCAGAUCAGCAAGCUGCAGAAAGAGCUGAAGAGGCACAAUUCAGACGCCCACAGCACCACCUCCAGUGCCUCCCCUGCUCAGUCUCCCAGCUACAGCAACCUCUCAGACGAGGGUUCGGAUGCGGAGCUGAGCCCAGGAUCCAGCCGCUCCCCCGUCUUCUCCUUUCUGGACCUGACUUACUGGAAGAGGCAAAAGGUCUGCUGUGGAAUAAUCUACAAGGGGCGCUUUGGGGAGGUGCUGAUCGACCCCCAUUUGUUCAAACCAUGCUGCCGCAAAAAGCAGCGAGAGCAGCAGCAGCAGCAGCAACAAGAAGAGGAGGAAGAGGAGGAGGAGGAUGAGGACGACGGUGAGGAAGAGGUGGAAGUAGAGGAGGGCCAAGUGGGGGUGGAAAAACCCCAGACGGAGGGGGAAGUGAAGGAGACGCCUACGUGCGAGGAAAAUGCAGAACCUGCUAAGCUAUGCGUCGCCGUGACAACACCCCCAGCCAUGAGCGGGGAGGUGGUGGAGGGAGGCUGGUGA